GCUUUUGCGAAGCAAAAAUGUCUGCCUAAGGGAAACUCGCAAGUGACAUAUAGAGGAUAUUUGCGAACUAAUAUAGCGCAAACCGCAAUUUCACUGACUUUGAGACGCAUUCGAAAGAAAACGAGGCUACUACUGCCACACCCGAUCGCCCUAGUUGGAAUUUCAAACGGAAAAAGGUUUAAAGAUCGCAAGGAUGAAUCCUCAGCAGCGGAUUGCCGCUAUCGGGACAGACAAGGAAUUGAGUGACUUACUGGAUUUUAGUGCGAUGUUUUCGCCACCUGUAAACAGUGGGAAAAACAGGCCAACUACCCUCGGAAGCAGCCAAUUCAGUACGUCAGGUAUGGAUGAGCGUCCGGGCCAGGCAUCCUGGGCCUCAGGUGGCCAGUCCAGUCCCUCCUACCAGCCCUCCAGGGGGUUUGCAGACAGCCCUCAUUAUGGUGAUCACUUGAGUGACAGUCGAUUAGUGUCCCAUGAAGGAUUGUCCCCAACACCUUUUAUGAACUCCAGCAUAAUGGGUAAAUCGGAGAGGUCGACAUUUCCAGCAUACGGGAGGGAGCCUGGGGUGUCUGGUUGCCAGGCUAGCACGCGCGCCAACGUCGCCUUGGCCACUCCUGGGCCGGCACCGGCGCCAGGAAAGUCGCCUGCGUCGUUCUACUCCUUCCCCGGGGCCAAUCCCAGAAGACGCUCUCUACAGGACCCCAAACCAGUUGAUCCUCAACAAACAAAGAAAAUUCGCAAGGUCCCUCCCGGCUUACCUUCAUCUGUGUACGCACCAUCUCCCAACUCCGAAGAUUUCAACAGAGACUCCCCCUCAUACUCUUCUCCUAAACCGCCCAGCAGUAUGUUCGCCAGCACUUACUUUGAUGGGACCCAUAGUUCCUCGGACCCGUGGAAUUCAUCAAAUGGGAUCAGCCAGCCCGGCUACAGUGGAAUGCUGGGAGGGUCGUCAUCUCACAUGCCACAGUCUGGAAACUACGGCAACAUGCACUCACACGAACGUCUGAACUACCCUCCACACUCGGUCUCUCCAACAGACAUCAACGCCAGUCUUCCUCCAAUGUCCAGCUUCCAUCGCAGCAAUGCCAGCACCUCACCCUUCGUCAACGCCACACACACCACCCCGCCCGUCAACGCCCCCGAAGGAGUCAUGGCUGCCACAAAUCGGGGGAACGCCAGCGGAGGUUCACAAACUGGAGACGCGCUGGGCAAAGCCCUUGCCUCGAUUUACUCUCCCGACCACACCAGCAGUAGUUUCCCAUCCAACCCAUCGACCCCCGCCGACUCUCCCUCGCCCCUGACGGUCACGGCUGGUGCUGCGUCGUCUGCAGGUACCAACCAGUGGUCCAGAGCUGGGGGCCAGAACCCCUCGUCUCCAAACUACGAAAACUCUCUGCACUCACUGAAAAACAGAGUUCACCAGCAGCUUCAUGAGCAUCUCCAGGAUGCUAUGUCUUUCUUAAAGGAUGUCUGCGAGUCUCGGAUGGAGGAUCGCCUGGACAGACUGGACGAUGCCAUCCUCGUCCUGAGGAACCAUGCUGUGGGCUCCACCGCCAGUCUGCCCAGCGACAUACACAGCCUGCUGGGACAAGCACACAAUGGACCAAUAGCAGCCAUCGGAGCCAACUUCCCUGCUUCUGGGUUGGGUGGCAGUCGGACGGCAGCGAUGGGUGGGGCCCACCGUGACGAGGCUGGCGGUCUGAACAGCAGCCAUGGAGGCCUGGCUGGGGGAGGGGCCACUUCCAGCGCUGAGCUCAACCACCAAGUAGAAACCUUCAGAGGUCUGGCUGCAGGUCUGGCGGGCCAGGUGGCCGCUGCCCUCGAGCUGAAGAUGGAGAGUCAGGACAAGGAGGACAUGCACGACAACCACUCCUCCGACGACCUCAAGUCAGACGACGAGAGCGACAGGAGAGAUGUCAAGACUUCCCGAGGAGGCACCCGGACGAGCAGCAUCAAUGAGGACGAGGACCUGAACCCAGAGCAGAAGGCUGAGCGCGAGCGCGAGAGGAGGAUGGCCAACAACGCCCGCGAGCGUCUGAGGGUGCGCGACAUCAACGAGGCUUUCAAGGAGCUGGGCCGCAUGUGCCAGCUCCACCUGAAGAGCGAGAAGCCCCAGACCAAGCUGCUGAUCCUCCACCAGGCCGUGGCCGUCAUCCUCAGCCUGGAGCAGCAAGUCCGAGAGCGAAACCUGAACCCAAAAGCGGCCUGCCUUAAGAGGAGGGAGGAAGAAAAGGUGUCCGGGGUCUCUGGAGACCCCCAGCAAGCCCAUCCAGCGGUCCACCCCAGCCUCACAGACACAUCCAACCCCAUGGGACACCUGUGAAGAGAUUUCAGAUCAAAGUGAUCCAGAUCAAUUCUGUAAGAUUUGAGGACCUUGCUUCCCAAUGGCAGACAGGACUCACAGUUUGUGACACAAAUUGGAGGAGACAGACCACUUGAAGCUAAACUCCAGACUAACACAAUCCUGAGAUUGAAGACAACCCUGUGUCCGGGUCCCUGUGAUGGCGGCCCUCAGCAAAAUUCUGCCCACUAGAAAAACUUCAGCACAUAUCACUGUCUGCAAGCAGCGUGUCGCAUCUGAACAAUCAGAGACUGUCGCGAUCUCCUCCACCCCCCAUGUGGAAGUUGCCUUGUGCCUAAACUGAAUUGACGAAUGCAUUGUAACGGCAAUUGUUUUUGUUUUUGUGUUUUGUAUUCAUUUUUUUCUAUUUAUUAUGUUACUGAGCUAUAAAGGUUAUGUUUCUAAAGGGAAAGCUAUGAAAAUUGCUUUGAGAAGCCUGUGGCUGUUCAGUUGAUCUACAGUUUGCCAGUGUCACUCAUACAACCCAGCCCUCCAGCAUGGCCAGUCUAGUGUGAGUCUGAUCUAAGGUAAUGAUAUACUCACGCACUGAGAAAGAUGCAAAUUAAUAUAUGUUUAUGCCCAACUGCAAAAGAAUUGGCGCUUCUGAGCGCUCAAAGACUUGAGUCUAAAAAAAGAUAUGUUACUCACGUAUAUUUAUUUCUAUUCAUUCCGCAAUGAACAGCAUGGCAAACCAAAACGACCUACUCAUGAGUGUGUUGAGUCUUCUAUGUGUCUGAAUUUGAAGAGUGCUGACCAUGAGUGGCGUGAUCUUACCAGUGGGACUACAGGCCCUAGCACACUAGCUUGGACACCAUUAGUCUCUGUGCUGAAGGAGACAGAGCUGUGGCAAACUUUAGUUUUCCUGAACAGUCAGCUGCAGGCUUAUCGUGUUUAUUCUCCCUAGCGAGCAAUUCAGAUACAGAGAGCAAACCAUUCACAGGCCGUAGCAUUCCCUGCAUACUUCUUAGUGUCUUAACUGAAGGAAAAAGAGGGACUUCACUGCCCAUCGAUUCCAUUGCCAUAUAGUGUUAAAUGUAAGCAUAUUUCUGAUGUUGCAGUUUAUUUUCUAUGAUAGCAUAUGGGCUUUGGUUAUGCUACUAGUUAGUCAUGCUUCGGACUUCUGUCCUGAAGUUUCUUCUGUUUGUGAUUGGCAAGUGCUGUCUCAUCAGAUAUACUUUAGUGAAGGAGUAGAAACAAAACGAUGACCACAAUAUCACCUGGCCUGAAAGAACGUAUCACUUUCUUUUUUUUCUGUUGAUAAAGAAAUAAAAGUAACAAAAAAGCAUUUUUCAAAAUAAUCACAAUUUAUAUGUUUAUUUGUAACUGUAUACAACUCAUGUUUCUAGGCUUCGUCGUAAAGCAUAUGAUGUCCAAUGUGAAGUAGCAGAGAGAAACCUUUUAAGUGAUUUAGAAUGGCUCUGUUUUGAUCAAAGCAGUAAAGUACUUAAAUACAGUGAGCCUCAGUGCGUGGAUGGAAGGGUAAUGGCUGGACUAGAUGCUUCAUGAAUUCACAUGUUGUUGAAUUGGUCCUGCAGGCUGGUGCCACAUUAAACGAAAGCAGUUUUGAGCACGAUUUCCUUGUUUCUUUUUACGUUUGCGGAUAAAGAACAUUGGUCUCCGAUUUAAUUUGUUUGUGUGGAUGUUUUUUUCUCCUUUUUCAAGUCUCUUUUGGUCUUAAAUCUUGCUUUAUAUUCCAUUUAUUAAUUUAUAUAUUGUCUUCCAUUAUCACCUUCCCUUAAAACAAGACUGACACAUCCAGUAUUCUGUAAAAAACGAAAGAACAAAGGAUGCCACUGAAUACCAUCCCAAGAGUUUCAUAUUACAACAACACUCAUUUGUGACAAACUUGGGAUCCCUCAUUGUCAUGUUUCUUUCUGACUGUAUGUGGCCUUGUUUUUCAUUUCAGUAUUCAUGAGUUUGUAUUCAUGUUGCUGUCAGACUUUGAUUGAGGUUAUAAUGUAUGUCACUGCCUGCUCUCAUUUUCCCUAUUUUUUUCUUUCUGUUGUCUGUUUCUUUGCUCCUCUGUUGGCUUUGUUAGACUUUGCUGUAUUCCCAGAUGCUUUCCCUCGUAUAAUAUAUGAAGAAAAAAAGAAAAGAAAAAAAAACAUUUGGCUUAUUUUUCAAUGUAGUUAUUAGUCUUUUAUACAAUAAUAUUGUAAGAACAUUUCUUGAAUUCAAAAUAUUACUCUUUUUAGAUUUUUGAAAUCAAAAGUUUUGAGUAAAAAGUUUCUUACUUUAUUUUACUAUAUCAGAUAGUAAAUAUCCACGGUUAUUUACCAUAACCUGUCUAUUAUUAUCUGAAAUUUACAAAUAGCAUCCUGAGAACAUAGUAGGGUUGUAGCUCGCAGUCUAGUAUGAGGUAUUGUACGAGCUCCCGAUUCCGGAAGGUGUGCUCUCCAUCUGUGUCCAUCUUCAGUUUUCAUUGUUGGUUGAUAAAAGAUUUCUUCUUGUGUCAAAUAUUUCAAGGUAUUGUUGAUGCACAUCAAAAACCAGCAGUGAGAAGUUGAAUUUUCUGUCCCUGGAACAGAAAUUACAAUAUGUAUAUAACAUUUAUGUAGCAAUAAAUGUGCCAUCUUUUUUAAGAAAAUUGUAUGUGGAUUUAUUUCCCUCUCUGGCUGACACCAGCCUUUCUGUUUCUCCAUCUUUUUCUUUUCUUUCUCUUCAUGCAGUUUUUGAUUGUACAAUGGAAAUGCAUGUGCUGGUGAAAUGCAUUAGGUCACAUUCAUGCAAUCAUAGUUUUUUCACAGAAGCUCCUGAAACAAAAACUGCCCUUCCUUCCCAGAUUCUGUCCUCAGAAGACUUUUCUACAGUGGAUCUAGGCCAAAUGAGGAACUGAGUACAAGAGUGUUUUAUAGUAUGUAAAUCAUUUUUAAAACACUAUCAGUGGACCAUUGUAGACUGUAUGAAAAGUACUAUGGAAUAUAUGUUUCUAUUUUUAAUAAAGUGUAGUAGCAGUGCACAACUGC